CUGUCGCUGUAUCGUUCGUGGACGUCCGUUCCACGGCGAGAAACACGUACCCGGUCGGGUACGGUAGAUACUAGGGCACAGACCAGCGUCAAGAUAAAGUCAGAUAGGGCGGUCGCCCAGGAUGAGCAGGAACGGGCGGUGCCGUUAGUGGUGUACAACAUCUCCUCGGAAGGGCCUCUGAAACAAGUGGGGGGCCACACACACGGCCCCCGAAAGGGCCAGCUGGAUGGUCUAGCUGACGAGCGGGCGUCGUCGGUACCCGUUUCUAAGAUCGGCUCGGAGGGCAUCGACCAGUCGUCGAGGGAGGACCUCGCCACGACCUGCGGUCCAGGUCUCGCGGAGGCGGAUGCUGGACGGGUCCUCAAAGUGGACGAAUCGAAGGGCUGCAAAGCGUCGAGGAUCGAGUGCAGCGUAGCGUCUAACGGGACGCCAGCGUUGGUCCACCAGUGGCAUCGUCAGGAGACAUCCAGCGUCGCGUUGGAUCUGCAGUUCGCCGUCGACAGCGCCGAGGUCCGUUCGAAGCGGCCUAGGAAGACGUUGGCGGAUAGCGGCGAGACGAUCGACAAAAGGGGACACUGCCCGACGCACAGGCAAAGGACGCCCGCAGCCGCCAUCCCGAGGCAUCGCUCGGACAGCACGCGAAGGGAUUCCAAUCGAUCGUGCCGUGUUCAUGGUCGAAGGCGGGACAGAUCACGAGGAAAAGCCACGGAAAGACAGAUCCAGAGUUCGAGGGAUUUGACGGCCAAUGAGCUCGAGUGCUCGGUCAUACGCUUGGAACAGGACCCCAUCCUCGAGCCAGUGAGGAUCCUCGGUUGCCCACCCGCGGAGGGACUCGAGAUAUCCUCGUUUCUCGAGCCAGCGCCCAAUUGCCUCUAUCCAACCAUCAACGUCGGUCGAAUAGCGACGACCGAGGCGGCCUGCUUCAGCCUCUACGAGCCCAACAUCCAGCCGAAGAGUCGCGUAGACAGCAUCGCCAAAAUCCUCGAGGGUCCCAAUCGCGCUGUGAAGGACAUUAAUAGGAAGAUCUUGGCGAUGGCACGUGCCAUGGCGCCUGCAUGGUCGCUGCGUCUGCUAAGCGUCAGCUGCGGUUCCGUGGUCUGCGCCUGGGGACUUCUGUUGAUCCUGUCCGUGCUGGGCGGUGGCGCCUCUCACGGUACCGCCCUCGGGAGUUUCGGUCUCGGGAGUUUGUCGGGGACGAUGGAGGACAUGAACAGUGUUAGAUGCCCUUGGUUGUGUACGUGCAACGGUCAGGAGGUCGAGUGCUCUCACCGGGGACUGACGCAGAUACCUGAGAACCUGGCCACCUUGCUCCUCGCCGAAAAACUGUAAGUUCAGCUCACAUCCUACUUACACGAACCAGUCC